GGUGUCAUUAUCAGCAACAGCAGCAGUGCAGCACAAAGACGGAUGGAACAGGGGUAGGUGUAGAGAGAGAAAGCGAGAGGAGAAGAGAGGCUGAGGUUUGAGGAGGACUGAGCCCUUUGCCGCAGAUAUGACCACGGGCUCAUCAUUCAACCGGACAUAACCCUGAUGAUCCUCGUCUGCCGCUGUUGCUGCCACACACUGGAGCACAGCAGAGUGUAUGUGAGCGUGUGUAUGUGUGAGGGUGCGCUCAGGCGUUGCUAUGAGAUUCAGUGAGCUUCAUCAUCCAUUACGGCGUGUUUCUCUGCAUGUGCUUUCCUUUAGCUUAAUUAAUGGGACAACAGAACCUGCAUUGAACAUCCAGUGAGUGAGUGUAUGUAUGUUGAGGUUAGGCAGAAAGGGUUAGAUAGGUGUAGUGUGUGUGUGUGUGUGUCUAUCUGCAGGGUUAUUAGAAGACAAGCAUACGGUAGGAUGCAAGAGCAAAUGAAGUGCUCUUAACCCUGAGAGAAAGAGAGUGAUAAAAUAGUGAAGGAGAGAAGGGGGAAGAGGAGAUACAGACAGCGUGUUUGUGUGUGUGUGUGUGUGUGUGUAAGAGAGAGAGAGAGAGAAAGAGAGAGAGAGAGAGAGAGAUGCAGUAUGGUUAAAGUCUCUGUGCCUCAGCAUCAUCAGAUUUUUUUGCUGCAGAUGCUACACUAGCUCAUCUCUGCACUAGAGCUCUACCUUGACACACACAUACACACACACACACACACACGUGUGCGCACAGAAACACAUCUGCGGCUUUGAGGAGGAGCCCAACGAUUUUGAUCAAAAGUCAGUAGAGGGACACUGGGAGAGUUGCCGAGGGCAAAGGUCGUGACUCCUAAGGCUGAAGGUCAGAGGCGGAGUGAGACCCAUAAGCGUGGCAUCAUGGGCGAGUGGACUAUCCUGGAGAGACUGCUGGAGGCUGCGGUACAGCAGCACUCUACUAUGAUCGGCAGGAUCCUGCUGACAGUUGUGGUGAUAUUCCGGAUCCUGAUCGUGGGUAUAGUGGGAGAGAAGGUGUAUGAGGAUGAACAGAUUAUGUUUAUAUGUAACACGCUACAGCCGGGUUGCAACCAGGCUUGCUAUGAUAAAGCCUUCCCCAUCUCUCAUAUCCGUUACUGGGUUUUCCAGAUCAUCCUGGUCUGCACACCCAGCCUCUGUUUUAUCACUUACUCUGUGCACCAGUCUGCCAAGCAUAAAGAUCGCAGCUACACCCUCUUGCAUGGCCCUUACAUUGAUCAUGGACACGGCCAUAACCGCAAACUCCGAAACAUCAAUGGUAUCCUAGUGCACCCAGAAAGCAAAGAUGAGCGGGAUUGUCUGGAUUUAAAAGAUAUUCCCAACAUUCCGCAGGGGGUCACAUACUCCAAAAGUGCCAAGAUACGUCAGCAGGAGGGCAUCUCUCGAUUCUACGUCAUACAGGUGGUGUUCCGGAAUGUUCUGGAAAUUGGCUUUCUUGCUGGCCAGUACUUCUUGUACGGAUUCAACGUUCCUGCAAUGUUUGAGUGUGACCGUUACCCUUGUGUGAAGGAAGUGGAAUGCUAUGUGUCACGUCCCACAGAGAAGACAGUUUUCCUGGUGUUCAUGUUUGCAGUUAGCGGGAUCUGUGUGGUGCUGAAUUUGGCCGAGGUUAACCAUCUGGGCUGGCGGAAGAUUAAGACAGCGAUCCGCGGCGUCCAGGCUCGCAGGAAGUCUAUUUGUGAGAUCCGGAAAAAGGAUGUGUCCCAUCUGUCCUCUGUGCCCAACUUGGGCCGCACCCAGUCUAGCGAAUCAGCUUAUGUCUGACAGCGAAUAGGGGAGAGGCUUAGACGAGGAUGGGAGUGGCUGAUGAGGCGACGGCCACGCCCUGUGCUGCAGACUUGACAUUGCCAUUUUUAUGCAUUGUUCAGACCGGGUGAAAGAGGGAUAUGGUUAAAAAACUACAGUUGAAUGUUGCUGUAAAUAAUGUUCAAAUUUGGCUUGCUAAAGUUUGCAGUGUGUAAAAUACCGCUCUUUCAAACUAAGACUUUAAUUAUGUCUGUUGUGGAACAGAAUGGGGGCUUAAACUCUAUACAUGACCACUUUUACACUGCAAACAGACAAAGAUACACACAGAUAUCCUUGAUCCACAAAGAACUAUAAAGGUCUUCCAACAGAGAAAGAGACAUUUUAGAAAUAUAAACAAAUUAAGUUGCUUGUUGUAAAAAGAGAUAGAAAGAUAGAGGGAUAAAGAGUGAGGGGACUGCUCAGCAAAUGACUCUGAGGUAUUUUAAAAUAUGAUAUCUUUUCCAGGGUCAAGGCUGAGACAUCCCUCAUGACAAAAGAGCAAAGUAUAAAACUGUACCUCAGCACAGACUCCUCUACGCCUCUUCCCCGCUUGCUGUCUUUCAUCUCUCUCUUACUACUUUCUCUGUCUCUUUCUGCAUAGAUUUAUAGAUAUAGCUAUUAAGUAUAAAAUGAAAGAAGGGAAAAUUAACAUUGAACUUCUGAUAAGCCACACCCAUAUUUGAUGGAGGGUGAUAAGAGACUUCACUAUUACAUAAGACUCAACAUUGACUUUAAUGUCCACACCAGUCCCCAAAUUCCUCUCUUUCACCAGCCCACAAGCAUAAUUGUACAAAUCUCAUAACAUUAAUAAUGCAAUGUACAUGUAAUUCACACAUUGAAGUUUAGCUUUUGCCAUUAUAUAUAUAUAUAUAUAUAUAUAUAUAUAUAUAUAUAUAUAUAUAUAUAUAUAUAUAUAUAUAUAUAUACUGGAGAAAAAAAUACACAUCAAUUGCCAACAAGAAAAAAGAAAGAAGUCACAACAAUUGUGUGGUUUAUUUGCAUUUGUUCUGUAAUGGACAAACAAUUAAUGAUUUUAUACUAUGGGCAUUUCCAGAAAAAUGCAUGUUAUGAUGCAUCAUUAGAAUGGCUAAAUAGUGUUAUGAGCUGUGUAGACAGACUGUUUUAUUUUUUGCACCCAGUAUUUUGGAGGUGUAUUCUGAAGCAUGCGAGCAGGAGAUCUAUAGCUCAAUGGGAAUGACAGAGAGAGACUAUACUGAGUAAGGCUCCA